GUAACAAUAGCACAAAGCCUUUCUCUUAGCAGAUAUCUGUCUUUGCAGUUGUAGGUUUCGUCUGUCCUUUCAUCGUUCAUUUGGAAACUGGAGAGUCUCAGUGCAUCUCUUCAUUGGCAUUUACGAGAGAGGCUGCAAAAUUGUUAAAAACAGGUAGAUCGCUUGCUAAAGGGAUUGAUACUCGUGACCAAAGGCACCUCUCUUUCCCUGUGGGUGCAGUGAUAUUCAGACAGAGGCAGUCUGUAAAAAUUCAAGGCUUUAUUGGCAAAUCUCUGUGUUAAACUGUCCUCCUUCGCUUUUGUCUUUAAUGCUUUCUAUGCUUGACUAUUAAUAGUUGGUGCACUGGCCAAGAUGAGUAGAUCUGGUCGUAAAAAAGAAAAACAUGGAAGAAGUGGUGACCUUUCCUUAGAUAACUGCAAUGAUGGAACUGCUGCUCGAACAAGGCCUCUCAGUUUUGAUGAGAUAAUAAUUAUGAGGAAAAACAAGAAAUCGCCUGAAGAAGUUAAAGAGGGAGCUACAGGAGCAGGGAAUAUAUCAGGAGAUUGUACUAUUGAGAAUGUUUCUAAUCAUCGUGAAUCUGAAAGGCAUCACAGACACAAUAAAGAUUCUUCCCAUGGUGUUGACAAGCACUUGUCACGGGAAUUUGUGAAGCUCGGUUCCCGGGGAAAAGAAGAUGGCAUUCCCCCUAAUGAUAGCAACUCAGUGAGAAGGAGAGAGAGAGAAAGCCGUGAAUCAGAAAACAAACUUAGGGAUGACAGUUUAGCUAAACCUAAACAUAGAGAAACUCUUCGAUCAGAAAUCAGAUUGAAGGAUGGGAGUCUAGCGAAGGAAAACAAUAGUGGAGAAAGUCGUAGAUCAGAAAUCAAGUUGAAGGCUGAAAUGAAAGAGAAAUUCACCAAAGAUAAAGGCAAGGUUGACACAAAAAUUCUUGGCCUGGGAAAAAUUUAUGAGCAGUUGAGUGAAAAUUCCAAAGAUGAAGCUAUAAAGAAGCAUUCAAGAGAUUUAACAGGAAAGAAUAGACAUGAGGGCAGAAGUGAAGAGAAGUCUGAAAGAGAAAGCAAGAGAAAACAUCGAAGUGGAGAUGAUGAGAAAAAUGGAGAUAGAAAUGCUGUGAAGAAACAGGAGCUAGGUAAACGGCGUGAUUCAGAUAAUUCAGAGAGAAAGGAAAGGAAGGAAUCUCCAAAAUCUCGUUAUGGGGAAUCAAGGUUGAAAAGGAGGCGAUCAAGGAGUCGAGAGCGUGAGGAAAGAAAUAGACGGUCUAUUUCUGUCUCACCAAAGGCACAUAAACAUACAUCUUAUCAUGGACGAGAGCAUGAAGAACUCUCUGCACAUUCUUCUAAAGGCAGGUCUGAAAGACAUCAUUCUGAUAUUGACAGGAGCAAAGGAACCAGUAAUGGAUCGAAUAGUCACUAUAGGCGGCAUGGUGGAUCCACAAGUGGCCUUGGUGGUUAUUCGCCGAGGAAGAGAAGAACCGACGCUGCUGUUAAGACUCCCUCCCCCAUUAAUCGCUCACCAGAAAAGAAAAGUGCCAAGUGGGAUGUCGCACCAACAGAAACAAACACUAUUUCUGAUUCAGUUCCAUCUACUUUCCAGAUGUCAAACCAAAAUGCAUCUUCAAAUGAACAUGAAGUGGUCAGAGCUACUCCUGUCACUUCAACUGCAGUGAAGCCUCUCGAUGUGGCUUCAGUUACUGCUUCUUUGACAAAGCAAAAUAUCUCCAUUGACUCUCUUCAGCUAACACAAGCUACCCGGCCUUUGAGGAGCCUUUAUGUAGAUAAUGUACCAGCUUCAGUCUCUGAGAAAGCUGUGAUCGAAUUUCUUAAUAAUUUCUUGCUUUCAUCUGGUGUUAAUCAGACUCGUGGAUCACAACCUUGUAUUAGCUGUGUUAAAGACAAAGGUCAAGCUCUUAUAGAAUUUCUUACACCUGAGGAUGCUACAGCAGCACUUUCUUGUGACGGCAGUUCCUUCUUUGGCUCCAUACUCAAAAUCAGGCGCCCCAAAGACUUUGUUGAAGUUGCAAAUGGUGAAGCAGAGAAAUCAGUGGCAGCAGUUGAUGUAAUAAGUGAUACCGUGAAGGAUUCACCUCACAAGAUCUUCAUUGGUGGAAUUUCGAAAACUUUUUCAUCUAAAAUGAUUAUGGAGAUUGCUUCUGCUUUUGGACCUUUGAAAGCGUAUCACUUUGAGAUCAAUGAGGAUCGUGAUGAACCAUGUGCUUUUCUGGAGUAUGUGGACCAAUCAGUUACUCACAAAGCUUGUGCGGGUCUCAAUGGCAUGAAGUUGGGAGGGCAAGUACUGACUGUAGUUCAAGCUGUUCCAGAUGGAUCAUCCUUGGAAAAUAAUGGAAAUUCACCAUUCUGUGGGAUCCCUGAGCAUGCGAUUCCACUGCUUGAGAAGCCCACUCAAGUCCUGAAGCUUAAAAACGUGUUCAAGCCAGAAGGCCUUUCAUCUUUAUCUGAAUUGGAAGUCGAAGAAGUACUGGAAGAUGUGCGGUUAGAGUUUGCAAGGUUUGGUACUGUUAAAUCUGUUAAUGUUGUCAAGUAUGGAGAUAUUCAGAUUGACAACCCAAACAUUUGUGAAAUCAGUGACAAUGUGGCAUCUGCCAGAGUCGAGCAAAACUUAAGAUGUGUCGAAACAAAUGAGAAAGCAGAAAGCUUGGAAGAAGCUAUUUGCGACCAAUCUGAAGGAAUUAAGGGAUUAGAGUCUCUAGAUGAUGCCAGAGUUAAGGAAAUUGAGGGAAAAAGAGUUAAUGAUGAUAACCUUGUGGGUGGCUUAGUGGUGGAUGAGCCAUGCCCACUGGAUAGGCUUGACAAUAACAUGGCUGCUGAAGGCCUGGCCCCAGAGAGCCUGUCUAAAUCACUUUCUCAAGAAGUCUCUGAGCAAACAAACACCUUGAAGGAUGAUUCAUGCUGUCAUGAGGACAGAGGUGCUUGUAGUAUUGAAACAGACAACAUCAGUUUGGAAAACAAACCAUCAGCUGAAGUAGAAUUGAAUCUUGAUGAAGUCAACAGAAACUUGCAGGAAGCCUCUGUGGGAUUGGAUGAAAGUGUGGAAACACAUUCAGAUUCUAUUGAGAAUGGUGGCAAAGAGAAACGGGAUAAUAAUCUUGCACGCAUAUUCGAGCAAGGCUCUGUUUUUGUGGAAUAUCGGAGAACAGAAGCGUCAUGCAUGGCAGCACAUUGUUUGCAUGGACGGUUAUUUGAUGACCGGAUUGUGACAGUGGAAUAUGUCCCUCUGGAUCUUUACAAGAAAAGGUUUAAAAAAUGAACCCAUUUGGGAAAAUUGCAGUCAGAGAUAGGAGAUAGAAUUGGUUGGCUUAAUUUCAUCCUUAGGUGCCAUUGACUACAGUAUUUAAAGUUUGCCAAAAUUUGACCCUUUCCCGGAUGAUCUUUAUGGGAUACCAACUUGAAUAGCUUGGAUUUUGAAUCCUUCAAAAGGGAUGGUUGGCUUCAUCUGGCAAAGUGGAGCAUCUUUACGUAAAAUGGCUGAUGGCAAUGGUUGCAUGAAGUAUGUCUGAAAGUGGAGGUGAGGUGAGUAGAUGCAGUUUUAGUUUGAUUUAGGUUAUGGACAUUCCAUGUAUUAACUUUAUUUGUGAGGUUGUUUGAAUUUUGAUUCAUUUGUAUUUUAUAGAUGUUGUAUCUUUUACUAUUGGUCUGGUUACACAGUUAACAGCAUAAUCUUAAAGAU